AUGAAUCAGACGCAGCGGUCCGGCUCCGCCGCCCUCACGCGCCCCCGCAAACUGAAUCAGAGCUUGUCACAGCAGCCCGGAGUGACACGCGAUUCAGUGAGACAGUACCUGCAGUAUUGCCCAGACCAGUCGGUUCUCAUUCUGCAUGCCAAGGUAGCGCAGAAAUCGUAUGGCAACGAGAAAAGGUUUUUUUGUCCUCCUCCAUGCGUCUACCUCAGUGGACUGGGGUGGAAACUCAAACAGGACAAUCUGAAAGCCUCUGGUCUGGGGGACUCCAGCAGCCGCAUCUGUGGCUACAUGGGGCUAGAUAACGCUGGAAGUGCUCAGAUGGAUACCUUUAAGCUCACCUUUGAGGAUCAGCCUGAUACCAAGAAGUUCGCCUGCGCAAAGACACUGUACAUAUCUGAUGCUGACAAAAGAAAGCAUUUUCGUCUGGUCCUGAAGCUUUUCUUCAGCAACGGGCAGGAGAUCGGCUCCUUCUACAGUAAGCUGAUCAAAGUGAUCUCCAAGCCCUCUCAGAAGAAGCAGUCGAUGAAGAAUGCUGACCUGUGUAUUUCUUCAGGAUCGAAGGUGUCGCUGUUUAACCGGUUGCGUUCCCAGACCGUCAGCACACGUUACUUGGCUGUGGAAGGCGGAGCUUUUGUAGCCAGUGCAAGGCAGUGGGCAGCCUUCACUGUCACUCUAGUUGAUGAGCAGCAGACGGACCAGGGGGAGUAUUUAUUACGGGACGGCUACAUCUGCUACGGCUGCGUGGUCCAGCUCGUCUGCACCGUCACCGGGGUGGCACUGCCCCCUAUGGUGAUCCGGAAAGUGAACAAGCAGCACGCUAUUCUGGAUGUGGACGAGCCGGUCUCCCAGCUGCACAAAUGCGCUUUCCAGUUCAAGGACAGCAACAAAAUGUACCUGUGUCUCUCCAAUGAGAAAAUCAUACAGUUCCAGGCAUCUCCCUGCCAAAAGGAUCCCAGCAGAGAGGUGCUUAACGACGGCUCCUGUUGGACCAUCAUUGGCACCGAAACAGUGGAGUACACCUUCAGCGAGAGCCUCGCCUGUAUUCAGAGUGCUGUCACCCCAAUCCCCAUCAUCAACAGCUUGGAGCUUAAUGGAGGUGGCCACGUAGCCAUGCUAGAAAUCCAUGGGGAGAACUUUGGCCCACAUCUGAAAGUGUGGUUUGGAAAUGUGGAGGCAGAAACCAUGUUCCGGACCCCCAAGUCCAUGUUGUGUGUGGUGCCGGACGUGUCAGUGUUCAGUGGGGAGUGGAAGUGGAUGAGGCAGCCCAUCACUGUCCCCCUGUCUCUCAUCCGAUUGGAUGGCCUGAUCUACCGCAGCACCUUCACCUUCACCUACACCCCCGAGCACAACCCCCCCUCCCAGCCCGGAGCCGCCCCAGAGUGUCCCGCCGAUUCCGACGCACUGAUAGACUCCAUCCACCAGGAGUUCACCCGCACCAACUUCCACCUCUUCAUGCAGAGCUAG